AUUAGUGACAAAGAAAAGCAAAGUGUCAUUAAUGAAGUGAUAAUCUUAUCAAAAUUUGAUACCGAUUUUGUGGUUAAAUAUCACUACUCGUGGUCUGAAGGGAAACAUGUGUUCAUUCUUAUGGAGUAUUGUUCGCAAACACUCGGGUCUGUAAUUAGCGAUAAACCCAUUGUAUUUGGCAGACAAUCGUCAAAACAAUGGAUAUUUACGAAAUGCAUUAACUAUUUGCACAAAUCAAAUCCCCCUGUUAUUCACCGGGAUUUAAAACCCUCUAACAUUUUAAUUGGCAAAACACCUAAAAAUAAUCGGUUCAUGAAACUCGGCGACUUUGGUUUGGCCACCGAUCACAACAUGCCAUCCAUGAGCCACACUUGUAAUGUCGGCACUUCAAAGUUUAUGGCACCCGAAGUAUACAACACAAGCCGUUACACCACUAAAGUAGACAUUUAUAGUUUGGCAAUCAUUGCACAACAUUUGUUUGAUUUAUUUGAUAAUAAUGAUAAUCUGUUGAGAGAAUAUAAUUUAACCGAUUUCUCGUCAGAAUUUAAAAAAUUAUAUGAAAUAAUUGGCCAAAUGUCUAAUGCAAUGGCUGACAGUCGGCCGACCAGUGCUGAAGUGCUCGGCGAGUAUAACCACUGGUCAAUUGACAAACAUCAAAUUACCGCAAAUGAUACAGAAUUUAAUGUAUUUAAAAAUGUACUUAAAACUAAUGACAAUACAUUUUUCUAUGACUUUCUGACGUGUAAAUCACAAAUCGGCAAAAUUAAAUUUUUGGGAGAAAUAAGUUCGGGUGCUUUUGGAACUGUAUUUAAAGCAAAGUAUGGAUCGAAUAAUAAGAUCUUUGCCGUUAAAAGAGUACAAUUUGGAGAUUUUAAUGAAGAAAAGAAACAAAAAGUUUUAAAUAAAGUAAAAAAUUUAUCAAAAUUGGACAAUGAAUUUGUGGUCAAAUAUUAUAAAUCAUGGCAUGAAUCCAAUCAUCUCUUCAUUCAAAUGGAGUUCUGUCCGCAAAGUCUUCGAUCACUUCUCAAAGACAAACCCAUUGUCUUCGAGAGACAACCGGAAGAAGAGAUGAAUGUCUUUGAAUACUUUAUUUCAUGUGAAAUAUUCAAAGAAAUGCUUGAAUGCGUCCAAUAUUUACAUGAAUUGAAACCUCCAGUUAUUCAUCGGGAUCUCAAACCCGACAACAUAUUAAUUGAUCCCAACUAUAGGUCCGAUCGGUUCAUAAAACUAUGUGACUUUGGUUUAGCCACGUUUCACGACCCGCAACGACACACUGCCACCCAAUACCGGAACUCAGUUGUGGGCACCACUGGAUUUAUGGCACCCGAAGUUCAUUCGGGUAAACCGUAUAAUUACAAAUCAGACAUUUAUAGUCUGGCACAAAUCGGCGAACAAUUAUUUAAUAUCGAUUAUGAAGCAUCUCAAUCAUGUCAUACAAAUAAAUUGGUUGUCAAUACAUGCUUAAAAUGUAUGUCUGAGACACUCGUGGCAAUGAUGUCAACUCCUAUUUGGAGGAAUAGGCCUGAGUGUCGGGAAGUGUUGGCCAAACAUAACGAGUGGUCAAUUGAUAUGAGUGUUGUCACGACUCAUAAGGAAUUCAAUUUAUAUCAGGGCACGCUUUGUUGUACACGGUUAGGACACCCCGACCCACACGCCUAUUGUGCCGCCGAUGUUUGUUUGGGCACUAAACUGACCAUGGUGAAGGGCAAAUUUGAUUGCAUAGUAACCGCUGUGGCCUCUAAUGGCCUGCUUAUGCACGUCGGGGGCGGAACGGAGGCCCAGCAGCGGGCGAUUAAGCGCUUCACUACCGUAUCCUUAACCGCACUGUUAUUGCGAUCGGUGCAGAACCGGCGCCGACCGCUCUCCAGCUCCCCAUCGAUAGUAACGAUAUUAUCGGACGAGCAUUUGGACGCCCGCCGCGACAGUCGCCGGUGCUCUCGCGUUGUGUACGCUAUGCGAGUGUGUGAGCCAACCGGCACCGGUAAAGCCCGCGUUUAUAUUAAACACGUGAUCGUUACGGUAUUUCAUGGCCACUCGCGUCGGCAAUACUGGACCGUCGGUUGCGUUAAAUACUUGGUUAACACUUCGCCAGAACUCCCGGUCCGGACGCGUGAAAAAUCGUUGCCCUCCAUAGCGAAGUACAUGUCGGGCGCCGGGCAGUCGACCCGCUGUUGGCCGGACUCGUACUCCACG